CCCUCCUACCCUCUAACACAUUCCACACAAAACAAUCAAACCAAGAACCAAAAUCCAAACCAAACACAUUUUCUUCUAAGAAAACAAUGGCAAACAUGAAAGUAGCAUGUGUUGUUUUAUUGAUGUGCAUGGUUUUUGCACCUAUUUCAGAAGCUGCAAUAACAUGUGGAACUGUAACUAGUAAGGUUGCUCCAUGCAUUGGUUACCUUAGAGGUGGGCCUGGUCCAUCUGCAGCAUGUUGUAAUGGAGUCAAGGGUCUCAACAGCGCUGCCAAAACCACACCAGAUCGUCAGGCUGCUUGCAACUGCUUGAAAAGUGCCGCCGGUGCUAUUUCCGGUUUGAAAAACGACCUUGCUGCUGGUCUCCCCAGCAAAUGUGGUGUUAACAUUCCUUACAAAAUUAGUACCUCAACCAACUGUGCUACCAUCAGGGCUUGAAGAAAGUGUUGCAGCUCCAAAGUUAUGGAAACUUCUCACUAGUAUAUGAGAGUGCCAUUUAAUGCUAUUUUAAGAAUAAAAUAAUGAGAGUGAUGGUGUUUCAUCUUAUAUGUGGCCCUAUCUUCUUGUACUUGACUCUAUUGGAAAGUCUCUUACUGUGCCCUUUUAUGAAUUAUUAAUGAAAUACUUUUAUUGGGUAUUUGUCAA